AUGCCCUUGUCACCCGGUAAAAAAGGCUCUCUCGGUGCAUAUGCGGCUCUAUUCACUGUUAGGGCAGCAGCCCUCCAGUUCAACACCUCCCCAUCCACUGCCCAGCGUGCAAAGGUCAAGUACUUGCGAGGGGAGUCGCAGUUGCCUGCCAAACGAAGCGGCAGGCCUCGCCUGCACACCAAGCACGAUGUGCGACGCAUCAAGACGAUCCUCCUCACCAACCAGUGGCUCAGCAACGAGAAGAUCCUGCACCUCCUUGCCACAUCCCACCCCUACCCCAUGUCCCUCUCAACUCUGCUCCGUCUCCGCCGCUCCUGCGGCCUCAUACGCGCUCGAGCUCGACGCAAGCCCUACCUAAAGCCUGCUACCAUCAAGGCCCGCCUCUUAUACGCCCAAACCAUGCGCCUGUUUGACUGGACAAGCGUCAUGUUCACAGAUGAGGCAAUCAUCACCACAGGUCGCUGCCACCGCCCCUUUGUGACGCGCCCCAAGGGACAUGCAUUCGACAUGGAGUACAUGACUUCCACCUUUAGGUCUGGGCGCAAGUCCUGUCCAGUUUGGGCGGGCAUAUGGGACGGUGGAAGGACGCCGCUGGUCAGGAUAGACCUCAGCAAGAGCAAGGGCAAAAGGGGCGGCAUGACUGGGCAGGUGUACCUGGAUGAGAUCGUCAAAAAGCGGCUCUUGCCGGCGUUCAAGAGGCUCCGAACCGCUUGGACUCGUCGAUAUGGGCGUGGACAUUGCCCCUGGGUACUAGAAGACAACCACAAGGCUCACAUCGGCAAGCCAGUGCGUCCAUAUGGGCUCAAGAAGGGGAUGAGGUACCUCCCACACCCUGCGACUUCUCCAGACCUCAACCCGAUUGAACAUGCAUGGGCCAAGCUCAAAUCCAUGCUUAAUCAACUUGAAAGGCGCCUCCAGAACCCCGACGAGCUGUUCGAGGUCGCCGCUGCUCUGUGGCUCAAGAUUCCCCAGGAGGAGUUGGACAACAUGGUCAACAGCAUGCCAAGAAGGCUCAGGGCAGUUCGCUUAAACCGCGGUGGCCCCACCAAAUAUUGA